AUGUCCAACUUGCCAGUCGAACCUGAAUUCCAACAAGCUGUUUCUGAGAUCACUCAGACUCUCGAACCUUUCCUUGCCAAAAACCCAGAAUACAGAAGAGCUCUUGAGGUCGUUCAAAUCCCUGAGCGAGUCAUCCAAUUCAGAGUCACCUGGGAGAGAGAUGAUGGUACUCUCGCCGUAAACAGGGGUUUCAGAUGUCAAUUCAACUCUGCCCUCGGUCCUUACAAGGGUGGUCUUCGAUUGCACCCUACCGUCAACCUCUCCAUCCUUAAAUUCCUCGGUUUCGAACAAAUCUUCAAGAACGCUCUUACAGGCCUCAUGAUGGGCGGUGGUAAAGGUGGUUCAGAUUUCGACCCCAAGGGUAAAUCAGACAACGAAAUCAGACGAUUCUGUUACGCAUUCAUGCAAGAACUCUCCCGACACAUCGGUGCCGACCUCGAUGUCCCAGCCGGUGAUAUCGGUACUGGUGGUAGAGAGAUUGGUUUCAUGUUCGGUGCCUACAAGAAGUACAGAAACGAGUUUGCCGGUAUCUUGACUGGUAAAGGUGCCAACUGGGGUGGUUCCAACAUCAGACCCGAAGCUACCGGUUACGGUGUCGUAUACUACGUUACUGAGAUGUUGAAAGAUCUCGACAACACCGAUUGGAAAGGAAAGAAAGUCUUAAUCUCUGGUGCUGGUAACGUCGCUCAAUACGCCGCUUUAAAAGUACUCGAAUUAGGUGGUAAAGUCCUAUCUUUAUCCGACUCUACUGGUUCUUUAAUCGCCACCACUGAAGAAGGAUUCCAAGCUUCUGACAUCACCCGAAUUGCCGAAAUCAAGUUAGAGAGAAAAUCCCUCACUUCCUUCGUCGAGGAGUCUGCCAACGUUGGGGAGAGAUUCAAGUGGUACUUGGGUGAAAGACCUUGGAAAUUGGUCGAAAAGGCUGAUAUCGCUUUGCCAUCUGCUUCGCAAAAUGAAUUGAACGGUGAAGAAGCCAAAGCACUCCAAAAGGCCGGUGUAAGAUACGUUGCCGAGGGUUCCAACAUGGGUUGUACCCUCGAUGCUAUCGAGGUGUUCGAGAACUCCAGAAAAUCAAUCAAAUCACUCACCAACACUGAAGGUGUCGUAUUCUACGCUCCUGGUAAAGCUGCCAAUGCUGGUGGUGUAGCUGUAUCAGGUUUGGAAAUGGCUCAAAACUCCCAAAGACUCAAAUGGACUUCUGAGGAAGUUGAUUCCAAACUCAAGGAAAUCAUGCAAACUUGUUACAAGACAUGUUGGGAUACCGGAAAGGAAUUCUCUGAAGGAAGUGCCUUACCUUCUUUGGUAGCCGGUGCCAACAUCGCCGGUUUCAUCAAGGUCGCCAAUGCCAUGAGAGACCAAGGUGACUGGUGGUAA